AUGCGGCUCCCAUCCGAGGAAGAGGUCAAGGUCGGUCGAGAUGUCUUGAGGUUUCUGAAACGGCCCUUUCCAGACUCUAAAACAACGGUCGAGAGUACUCAUGACGAAGGUGGUUUCCGACUUCCAGUGCUGACGAUCCAGUCGACAAUGUUCAGCUCAUACAUCGAUGACAUCGCUCAUGGGGCGCCUACCUGGGACCAACUCUGUGAGGACCUGAACGCUCUGCUAUUCCGGCUCCUGUACUGGAACGUUUCGGUCAGCCUACCUCCCGAAGAGCGAAUUCAUCUGCGCCGAAGGGAUCAGAGUUACACCGAAGAUUUCCAAGAGCGUUCAGGAACUACCGUUACCAUCGACUUUGAAGUUGUUCAGUCGUUCCUGGGAAGUAUGAACUACUUCAACAAGUUUAUCGAGGGCCUUCCUGUGUGGCGAGGUUAG